CCCCAGUCUGUUCAGUCCAAACCAAAACUACUUGCAGAGUUCUCUCAAAUUUAGUUGGGCUUUUGAGGAGACUGUACCAUCCUGAGCGUGCAGGGCUUGGGAAGAACUAAGUGGUCCCCUCCCAGAAGCCAUGCUGUAAUGAAGAGAAUCCAGGUAGAGCAGGAGAAAUGCUUGGAGGGGUGUCCUAGUGGAUAGAGGAUGGGGACUUGGGAGAACUGGGUUCUAUACCUGGCUCUGUCCCUCUUCUGCUGGGCUUGGGCCUCAGUUUCCCUAUCUAUAAAAUAAGGAUAACACUUACCUCCUUUAAAGUGUUCUGAGGUCUGCAGAUGAAAAGUGCCGUAUAAGAGCUAGGUGGAGAUGAUAGGGAGGAGAGAAAACCCUAACUUGUAGUAUGGACAAGAGUGCUUGUGACCAACUGCAGGCAUGCUGGCUUGUGUGGCUAAAACUCUGCUAGUAACCAGGGCAGCUGACCAUGUCUGCCCCCUAACCGAGGCCUAGCUUGGGACAUGGGUGUGUGCGCCUAUGUUUUGUUUCCUAUGGAUGGUAGGAAUCUCUAACCAUGUUGAUGAUCUGCUUUAGCCAGCCUCUGUGCAGAGCUGGGAGGUAAAGCAUCCGGGAGACUGCUGCUCUGUGUGAAUGCCCCUGGACAUGCUGGCUCACGCUGAGGUGCUGUGUGAAAUCAAAUGCAUUGAGCCAAGGUACGUGGGGAGGUGGGCGCAGCUGCACAAACAGUUGUGCUGGCAGAAGCUGCCAUGUGGGCGAAAACGAAACUGCAGCCUUUGCCCUGUCUGGCUACAGAAUUGCUGCUCCCUGCCCAUGGAGAGUUGGCAACAGUGGGAGCUUCGGAAAUGGCCAUCUCUUUUGCUGGGGGGCUUAUUGGAGAGUGAAAAUGCUCAACCCAGGCAGUCUCAAGCCUGGUGCAGGGGAGGUGGGGGGAACUUCCGUCUCGGCAAGCGGGGCUGUGCCUGGCUGUCUGGCAUGUUCAUGUGGAAAGGUGGGAGAGAGCUGCUGCUGCCCGUGGUGUGAGAAGGUCUGGUUAGGGUGUUCGCUCCUUCUGCCCCCAAGCUGAGAGCCGCUUUAACAAGACACCCCUCCCUCUCCUUCCCCUGCCAGCAUUAGGGGAGCAUGAAAUACUCGGAUUCCUCAUUAACCUUCCCAGGUUCCAGAUGUGCUGUCACACCUUCAUCUUCAUCAUCCUCCCCUGUAGGUGGCAGUAGCUGUACACGCUCACGCACACCUGAAACAGCCAGUAUGCGCUGGCCAGCUGAUCUCUGGGCCCCACACUCCAAUUCUGUGCUCGGGGGACCCUGUCCCACCACUAUGGCUUCUAAGCGCAGAUCCAAACACACACUCUUCUCUUAUUAGAUCAAGUCUUUUGUCUUAAACAGCGUGCGUGUUACAGUGAGAUUCUCUGGCACUUAAGCACAGAAAACAAAAUCAGCUCGUGUUCAAGUGUUUUACACACACACCCCAUCUCUCUUAUCCCCUACAUCUGCUGAGGGAGGCUGUUAGCUUCCAGCACACUCCCAGCAUACGCGCUUGCUUCCUCUGCCUCUCCGAUGGGGACGCCUACUGGCUGCGCCAUCCCCUGCCCCCCCAUAGCUGUUAGCAUGCAGGAGGUGAAGGGCUGAGCGUUGGAGCAGUGAAAUGUGGGUUUUAUCCAGCACAGCAGGCUCUUUGCAUAGGUGCUAGAAAUGUAUGGGCAGUUUAUCUCUGGUAGCUGCUGAAUGCCCCUGGCCCUGUGUCAUUGCUCUGUUCGUCCCAGCGCUGUGGCAUGCCGGGAAGAGGGAUGGGAGGCUUGCAGUUGGAAGUUCUGGUUUUUAACUGCUAACCUUAAUUUAAAUGAAACUCUCACUUGGCACUUAAUUCCAUAAGGGCUCCACCCAGCUGUGUGGGUGGUAGGAGCAGCACCCUAAUCUCUGCUUGCUGGCAGGAAGCUUGUGUGCAUCCUUGUACAGGGUGGGGUCUUGGUUCUUGAGUCUGCACCAGUCAUCCUGUCUCUGUUCCAUGGAAUUCCCUCAGCAAAUAGCCAAACUCUCACUUUCUUUACUAGAAACUAAUCCAGCUGUUUCCAGAUUGCUGUAAAUUGGCUCCCUUGGUUUCAGAAACAAUGACUGCUUGUGCUGUAGGGCGCUGAGCCCAAAACUGAGUCACAUCGUCAGUGCUCAGCCCAAUGUCUUGUCACUGGGUGCUGAGCUCUCCUGAAAACGUGGCUCCUGCCCAAAGAGCCCGCAGCCUAACUCAGUAGGCAAGACUGAGUGUGUUGGGGAAACCCAACAGUGGGGCUAGCAUGGCCCAUCUCCAACAGGUUCAGGAAACAACUUUUCUCUUGCCAGAACUUCUGAAGCAGCUCUUCUUAGUGUAGCAAUGGGCAAUGCGGCUGGACCCCAGUACUUGUGUGGGGAGCCCCACUGAAGCCAGUGGUGCUCCCUACAGAUACAGAGCUCUCCUCUGAGUUCAUUGGGGGAUUGUACCCUUGCUUCUUUGUAAAGAAUAACUGGUAAAGAUGGCACUGAGAAGGAUCCCAAGCUGCUCUGUGCCUUCCCACAAAGCUCUUUGGAGUGAGCAUCUCUCCAAAUAAGUUGCAUUAGGCAGAUAUCUCAAGUAGCAUUACAUAAUGGCUAAUGUACCGUGUCUAGCAUUCUUGCAUGCUGGAAGAUGGCAGGUGGUGAAUCUACUGACCUGGUUCCUGUAGUGGGCUGUUUCACUAGACAAAGCUUUCCCCCUGCAGAUGGCGGUGUCUUACAAUGAUGGUGCAGAUAGAUGUGAAGAGAAAUAAACAAAUAUGACUUCCAGGGAGAGGUCUACAAAAUCCUGUAGUUUGUGUGUUUGAUCAUUGAGCUCAGUAGAUAACUUGUUUGCCCUUUGCUUAUAUGGGCCUUUCAGUUAUGUAGCUUGGACUGAGAAAGUCAAAGCAAUUUCCCAGACUGGGGAAGAAUGUCACACCUUUUUGGAGCACAGCAGGCCUGUGGCAGAGUGCUGGCGUCAGGGGGCGAGCAAAUGGUAGUUUGAUUGACUUGCCUUGGCACUGAAGUGUCCUAUGAGGGGUUCACUGCUUCUCUGCACACCUCUGAUCUGGGAGGGCGACUGUUCUGCGGAGCAGUGUGCUGUACUGCACAGAAGGAGCUGGUCCAAAGGUACCCUUGUGUAAGACCUUGUGCGGGGAGGCUGUCGAUGAGGGUGGGGUUAUGUGACAACUGUUUGGGACAGGAAUUGAAGGACGUUACAUCCUCCUGCCCCUCCUAAUAAACUACAGGGCAAAUGAGGCAGCUUCCAGCUCAUGCAGGGAUAUCCCAGGACAUGUGUGAGAGCAGAAUCAUCAAAAAUAUCGUCAAGAGCUUCAAGUAUAUUUAUGGCCUGAGGUUUGAGACAACAGGUCUGGAGAACUUCCAGAUCGAGGAGCCAUGUGUCAUCGUGUCAAAUCAUCAGAGCAUCCUGGACAUGAUCGGGUUGAUGGAAAUCCUCCCAGAUAACUGUGUUCAGAUCGGCAAGAAGGAGCUGCUGUACAUGGGCCCUGUGGGCCUGAUAAUGUACCUGGGUGGGGUUGUCUUCAUCAACAGGAAGAGUACGAGCAAUGCCAAGAUAGUGAUGGCCCGGGUUGCCCAGACCAUGCUGGAUGAGAACGUGAAGGUGUGGAUAUACCCGGAGGGCACGAGGAACGGGAAUGGUGACUUGUUACCGUUCAAGAAAGGAGCUUUUCAUCUCGCUAUACAGGCACAGGUUCCAAUUAUUCCUGUGGUGUAUUCCUCGUUCUCUUCAUUUUACAAUCCAGCCAAGAAGCUAUUUACAUCAGGUAAAAUCCGGGUUGAAGUGCUCCAGCCAAUUGAGACCAAGGGCCUGAAGGCUGAGGAUGUCACGGACCUCACGGAGAGAUGCUACUGCACCAUGCGGGAGACCUUUUUCAGACUGUCUGGCAUGGCGAAUGAGGCGAACGGCUCAGGGCAGGGCCCUCAACAAUAGUAUUCCCAAAUAGCAGGGACUGAAAGGACUUAUUUCAAUUGCCAAAAUAUCCAAGGGGUUUCUCCCCGUCGUUUGCAGCAGGUUUGGGCAAAUCCUAAGCCUCUGCUUAGGGUAACCUUAGUUGACAAACACCAUUUGUUGGGCCAGUUCUACUGUUCGGUGAAUCUCUUGGUGGGUUCGUUAUCUCCCAUGGGGAAGUGUCUCCUGCACUCAGUUUCUCAAACACCCUUCAAGUGCUAGUGAAGCGCUCCUGUCCUGAUGCCCAGUGCAGUGACCACUCUGAACUCUUCUGCAAGCUCAGGCCAUGCAGCUUGGACAGCAGGUGUUGCAGAACACCACGUUAAGGUCCUGGCAUUGAUGCUGUGAGCCUGACACUUGCCAGAGCCAAUCCACUGGCUGCCGAAGACCGUGUUAGGUACAUCUUUGCAGCCUCCAAAGGAUUAAAACUUGCUUUCAUCCUGUCCCUAGCUGUUGGUGCUUGAGGAGAUGAGGGUGGGAGCAGUUACUCAGACAGCGCUCUUCAUGCGGCUGCACUGCACUAGUACAUUCCCAGUGCUUACGGGCAGAGACUGAUGCCCUAGUGAGAAGUCUUGCUCACCCCUGAAAUUCAACUUCUGAGGUCUCUGCCCAGCACUCAGUUUCAUUCUUUCUCGCCUCCGACACAACUUGUUUUUUGCUGAAUCAACCGGUUGGGUGGUUGUUUAAAGACCCACUAAGCAUCUGUGAUUCUGCUCAGACAAAGAUGGGAGACCAACCGCUCACCCCUUCCUGAUGGAAUGGCCAAGUCCUAGGACGUAGCAGGGAACUGAAAUGUCCAGGAUUCUCUUACCAGAAGUCCUGGGGCAAGCUUUAGACAGAUGUCAGUCCCUUAUUUGCUCUCCAGACAGAGUGAAUUCCCCACCAGUACUUCUAGCAAUCUUGCAGCCUAAGGCUUUCUUUAGGUGGGCCUCUACACGUGCUUCCUUUGGGCUCUGCUGGGCUAGGACAGGUGUGCCUUAUGGGGCCAGCUACUCUUGAUGCUGUCCCUUAAUGAAGUCAAGUUUCCAUGUCCACUGAGUGGACAAGCUCCAUGUGGACUUAUUUAGGGGUGGGGCAGGAGCGGGAAAUGUGGAGACCUAAAAAACCCAACCAAACCUGCUGUAUAGUGUCUUAGUAGGUUUUAUCCAAACACUUAGCAUCCCCAUAGAGGUUUGCUUUACGGCAGCCAUCAGGCUAUCUCUAAACAAAAUCCCUGGGGUUUGUAAGUGAUGCAUGAACAUGCCAAGAACUAAACUAAAAGAAUGAGACAACCCACAAAGAGACAGGGACUCGUCUCUGCUCAUCCCCAUUGUUUUGCAUUACAGCCAGCAUCCCUGACUUAGUAUAGAGUCUCUUACUCCACCUGAUGGCUUGCUUUUAGCAUAGUGCCAGGUAUGAUGGGCUGAGGGAAGGGUAGAUGUGGCACUUCCUUGGUAUUUGUUGCAACACUUUCAGUGCUCAAAUGUUUGUUUUUGUUUUUUUUUAAAUUGUUUUUAAUCUAGGUUUUGUACCUAGAUUCUUUGUUGCUGCUCUUGCUUCCUAAGGGCUAUCCUGUGCUGUUCGACACAUUGCACAUCUGAAGCAUUGACCAAAAGACAGUGCCUGCCAUACAAACACGUCUUGGAACGUUCGCCUUACUAGGACUGUUCGUGUCAGUUGCAAAAGCCAUGGUGUUGGAGAUGUAAAAUAUGCUGGAUGGGAGAGGGGUAUGAUGGCCCUGAACCAGUGUUUCCUUUGGUCUGAAUUUACCAGCUGGGAAACAGUACCUGGAGGGAUUCCCAGAAACUGAGUUUCAGACUCUCCUCACCCAGCAGUAGAAAUGUAGAGCCCCUCUCAAAGGGAGUAACAGCAGAGAUGUUUAUGCUCUCUGGGGGAGCAGGCCUUAGCCAUGAAAAUUCCCAGGGAUUUGAUGAGAGGCCUUGUCAGCUUGAGGCAACAUUCCCACAAAGACAGUGCAUCUCUUCUUGUAAAGUAAUCUUGUGCAAUGUAUUGUCCCCAAGCCUCCUGCUCAGUGGGUGGCAGUGGAGAUGAUGCUGUCUCAAUCACUGAAUUCCUGUUUUUUCUUCCUAUAAAGGACACCAAAUCUAAUGCUUAAAAAGCACUAAUGCAGAACUGGGAGAAACCAAAGAGAGGAUGCUGGGGGUAGGUAGCUCCACAUGGUUCAAAGCUGUAGCUAGAGCUGUGUUUACAAAUGAAUAUUGGAGCAUCAAUCUGGUACAAUCCAGAUUUCAGAACUGAAAAGCAGGAGGGUUUUCUUCUUCCACUGGUUCUGUACUGAAAUCAAAGCAGCACUUUUCCCCUUCCAUAAGAACGGCAGACGAUGUGGCUAUGUAAUUGAGGCAAACAUCCAGUUCUUGUGGAGAUUUCAUACCCUCCUGCCCAGCAGCUCCGGUCCGGAGUGAGCAGUUGGGAUGGUAAAGUCGUAACGGGUGGAUAUUUUUCUUUGGCCAAUGAUGACUCUGUAUCAGAUGUAUAAAUCUAAGUCUGUCUGUUUAUGACGGAGGUGGGAAAAGAGCUUGAGUGUGCACAAAAGCAGUUGUCUGCUGUUCCAUUCUUUUAGUUGUGUUUAAAUGUAUGUUUGAUCAAUGUACAUUCUUAUAAAGCAGUUAUUUAAAUAGAAA